GUCGUUCCUCGCUAGCUACGUUCGGAAUGUCCUCUUCUCGCUUCGUUAGCCAGAGAGCUAUUUGGUUAGCUAGAUAUUUUGUUAGCUUAUAUAUUGGACACCUUGUACGGGAUAUAUGGACGUGAUGGAUUGAUAUAACAGGCAAAAACAAUCUGGCAGUAGCAUCAACAUCUUUUUAAGUGCAACUAUGUUCGGUCGGUCACGGAGUUGGGGAGGGCAGGGGAAAACAAAAAAUAUUCAUUCCCUGGACCAUCUCAAGUAUAUGUACCAUGUCCUAACUAGGAACACGACAGUAACAGACAGCAACAGGAACUUGCUGGUGGAGACCAUCCGCUCCAUCACUGAGAUACUCAUCUGGGGAGACCAGAACGACAGCUCCGUCUUCGACUUCUUCCUGGAGAAGAAUAUGUUUGCGUUCUUCCUGAAUAUCCUCCGUCAGAAGUCCGGUCGUUACGUCUGUGUCCAGCUGCUCCAGACACUCAACAUCCUGUUUGAAAAUAUCAGCCACGAGACGUCGCUCUAUUACCUGCUGUCCAACAACCACGUCAACUCCAUCAUCGUUCACAAGUUUGACUUCUCAGACGAGGAGAUCAUGGCCUACUAUAUCUCCUUCCUGAAGACCCUGUCACUCAAACUGAACAAUCACACCGUACACUUCUUCUAUAACGAGCACACUAAUGAUUUUGCCCUGUACACCGAGGCCAUUAAGUUCUUCAACCACCCAGAGAGCAUGGUCCGUAUCGCAGUCAGAACCAUCACACUGAACGUCUACAAGGUCUCAUUGGACAACCAGCACAUGCUGCACUACAUUCGAGACAAGACAGCGGUCCCCUACUUCAGUAACCUGGUCUGGUUCAUCGGCUCCCACGUCAUCGAGCUGGACAAGUGUGUUCAGACGGACCAAGAGCAUCGUAACAGGGGGAAGCUGAGUGACUUGGUAGCAGAGCAUCUGGAUCAUCUCCACUACCUGAACGAUAUCCUGACUAUCAACUGCGAGUUCCUCAACGACGUCCUGACAGACCACCUCCUCAACCGUCUCUUCCUGCCUCUCUACGUCUUCUCUCUGGUCUGCCCUGAACAGUCUGAAGAUCGUAAGAUCAACCCUCAGGUGUCCCUUAACCUACUGUCACAGGUGUUUCUCAUCAUCCACUACCAGCCGCUGGUCAACUCUCUGGCUGAAGUCAUCUUCAAUGGAGACCUGUCUGUCUUCACACAACACAAGAACACGGUCAGUGCAGGCGUCCGUCGCUUCACCAAGCCUCCUGAGUCUCUGGAGCGGUCUCUGGAGCUGUCCUGCAAUCGGGGGCGCAAGCGAGCCCAGAAACGCCCCAACUAUAAGAACCUGGGAGAAGAGGAGGAAGAGGAGAGGCCGGGAGGAGGAGAGGAGGGCUUGGAGGACAGCGAGAGGGAGAGGGAGAAGGCUAAAGGUACAGAAGGGAGCAGUAAGGGAAGCAGCAGGACAAGUGGGGAGAUGGAAGAGAUAGAGAUGGUGGUGAUGGACAAAGGGAAGUCCACGCUGACGGAACAGAAUAUCACUGACGAAGAGAAGACUGCUGCCGCCUCCUGUCUCCUCUCUCUGUCUCUCUCCUCCAGACCGUUCCUAGACAUGGUGUACAGUGCUCUAGAUUGUAGUGAAGAUGAUUACCAUGCUCUGUUUGUUCUCUGUCUGCUGUACGCUGUUUCACACAGCAAAGGUAUCAACAGGGAGUUGUUAGAGAGGCUCCAGUUACCAGUCCCAGACCAGGAGAGGACCUGUUACAGCCAGGUGCUGGUGGAGAGGCUCAUACGGGUGAUGAACGUGGCCGCACAACCAGAUGGUAAGGUACGUCUGGCUACUCUGGAGCUGAGCUGUCUGCUGUUGAAGCGGUCCGUCCUCUCCUCUUCCUCCUCCUCUUCCUCCUCGCCUGCUCACUGCAUCAUCAAGGACGUUCACCUGGCCUGUCUAGAGGGAGCCAGAGAAGAGAGUCUGCAUCUCCUACGGCGUUUCUAUAAGGGGGAGGAGAUCUUCCUGGACAUGUUUGAAGAUGAGUACAGGAGCAUGACGAGUAAGCCCCUGAAUGUGGAAUACCUCAUGAUGGAUGCCUCUGUUCUACUUCCGCCUACUGGUACUCCUCUGACUGGAAUAGACUUCGUUAAGAGACUGCCCUGUGGAGGAGUAGAGAAGACCAGACGGGCCAUCCGCGUGUUCUUCAUGCUGAGGUCGUUGUCUCUUCAGCUGCAGGGAGAACCAGAGACGCAGCUUCCUCUCACACGCUCUGAAGACCUCAUCAACACCGACGAUGUUCUGGACCUAAAUAACAGUGAUCUGAUAGCCUGUAUGGUGGUGAGUAAGGAAGGCGGUCAAGCCCAAAGGUUCCUGGCGGUGGAUGUUUACCAGAUGAGUCUGGUCGAACCUGAAACUAAACGGUUAGGCUGGGGAGUGGUCAAAUUCGCCGGUCUGUUACAGGACAUGCAGGUGUCUGGCGUAGAGGAUGACAGCAGAGCUUUGAAUAUUAUCAUCCACAAGCCCUCAUCCAACCCCCACGCCAAGCCCCUCCCCAUCCUGCAGGCUAACUUCAUAUUCGCCGACCACAUCCGCUGCAUCAUCGCUAAGCAACGCCUGGCCAAGGGCAGGAUACAGGCCAGACGCAUGAAGACACAGAGGAUAGCAGCGUUACUAGACCUUCCUGUCCAGCCCAGUUCGUCAGAGGUUCUGGGCUUCGGCCAGACAGGAAACACUUCUGCCGGCGGUCAACUUCCUUUCCGCUUCUACGACCAAUCACGUCGAGCGCCCAACGACCCCACCGCACAGAGAUCUAUGUUCGCCUCCGUUGACAAAGUCCCAGGGUUUGCGGUCGCCCACUGUGUAUCUCAGCACAGCCCGUCUCCCCUCUCCUCCCCCUCCCCACCUUCCUCAGGCAGCGGCAGCACCGGACGAUGUGACUCUGUUACAGCCAGUACUAUAUCAGCUAACAGCCCUACAGAUGAGGAGACGUUCUUGGAGCACACUCCUCCUUCGUCCUCCGGCGGAGAGGGAGGAGGAGGAAGAGGAGGAGGAGAGUUAAUCGGGUCUUGUCCCCCUGUCACGUCUGUCCCAACCCUGGCCCCCAGCCUCACCCCUGCCUCCCAGCCUAACAUCUCUCUACUGACGGACGACAACACAGACUCUCUGAGCGUCGAGUCACUGACCCUGCUACCGCCGGCUGACCCCCCGCACCUGCACACGCUCGGCUCACACACACACCUCGGCACUGGUACGGCUAUCAGAGAGGAGGAGGAGGAGGAGGAGGAGGGGCUAGAGAAGAGAGAAGGGAAGGACUCAAAAGGGGAAGUGGAAGGGUCGGCGAUGGAGGAAGAGGAGGAAGAGGAGGAAGAGGAGGCGGAGACUGAAACAGAAACAACAAUUCAAGAGACAGCUGAAGCAGAGAUGGGAACGCCCACUGAGCAAGACACGCCCCUAGAGGCGGAGGGGAGACACACCCCUUGAAGGGGAGGAGACUGGUCAGGACACACCCACUGGAGAGGAAGCAGAGAAAGACACACCUCCGAAAGAGGACACACCCACAGGAACAGCCUGAUUAAAUAGGACACACCCACAGGAACAGCCUGAUUAAAGAGGACACACCCACAGCCUGAUUAAAUAGGACACACCCACAGCCUGAUUAAAUAGGACACACCCACAGGAACAGCCUGAUUAAAGAGGACACACCCACAGGAACAGCCUGAUUAAAGAGGACACACCCACAGGAACAGCCUGAUUAAAGAGGACACACCCACAGCCUGAUUAAAUAGGACACACCCACAGGAACAGCCUGAUUAAAGAGGACACACCCACAGGAACAGCCUGAUUAAAGAGGACACACCCACAGGACAGCCUGAUUAAAUAGGACACACCCCGAACAGCCUGAUUAAAUAGGACACACCCACAGGAACAGCCUGAUUAAAGAGGACACACCCACAGGAACAGCCUGAUUAAAGAGGACACACCUUGUCUCUGUCUCUGUCUCUCACACAGCAGUAGAGAGAGGAGAUCCCUGUCUCUGUCUCUCACACAGCAGUAGAGAGAGCAGCAGAGAGAGAGAGAGACAGAGAGAGCAGCAGAGAGAGCAGGAGAUGAGAGAGCAGCAACAGAGAGAACAGAGAGAGAGAGCAGCAGAGAGAGUAGCAGCAGAGAGCAGCAGUAGAGAGCAGAGAGAGAGCAGCAGUAGAGAGAGCAGCAGUAGAGAGCAGAGAGAGCAGCAGUAGAGAGCAGAGAGAGCAGCAGUAGAGAGAGACAGAGAGAGCAGCAGUAGAGAGCAGAGAGAGCAGCAGUAGAGAGAGACAGAGAGCAGCAGUAGAGAGAGACAGAGAGAGCAGCAGUAGAGAGAGACAGAGAGAGCAGCAGUAGAGAGAGACAGAGAGAGCAGCAGUAGAGAGAGACAGAGAGAGCAGCAGUGAGGUGUUCCUGUGAGCUCCAGUGGUUUCUGUUGUUGCUGCUUUAUAAAAGAGCUUUUAGACUCCUGUCAACAUUUCAUCGUUCUACUACACCUGGACAAAGACUCUUUCAUAAAGACAUGGACUAUGGAUGGACUACAACACACAACUCUGUGUGUGUGUGUCUGUGUGUGUCAGUGUGUGUGUGUGUGUGUGUGUGUGUGUGUGUGUGUGUGCGCGCACUUUGAAGGUUUUAAAAAGUCUCUAUUGUAUGUCUGUCAUUUAACAUUAUGGUGUGGGGUCACUGCCCUCACUUGACUCUCGAUCUGUCCUGUUCUCAACUAUCAGAGGGAUAAGUCAUGAUAGGAUUAGGUUACUAACCCCCCCAGUCCUGUUCUCUACCAUCAGAGGGAUAAGUCAUGAUAGGAUUAGGUUACUAACCCCCCCCCCCCCAGUCCUGUUCUCUACCAUCAGAGGGAUAAGUCAUGAUAGGAUUAGGUUACUAACCCCCCCCCCCCCAGUCCUGUUCUCUACCAUCAGAGGGAUAAGUCAUGAUAGGAUUAGGUUACUAACCCCCCCAGUCCUGUUCUCUACCAUCAGAGGGAUAAGUCAUGAUAGGAUUAGGUUACUAACCCCCCCCCAGUCCUGUUCUCUACCAUCAGAGGGAUAAGUCAUGAUAGGAUUAGGUUACUAACCCCCCCCCCCAGUCCUGUUCUCUACCAUCAGAGGGAUAAGUCAUGAUAGGAUUAGGUUACUAACCCCCCCCAGUCCUGUUCUCUACCAUCAGAGGGAUAAGUCAUGAUAGGAUUAGGUUACUAACCCCCCCAGUCCUGUUCUCUACCAUCAGAGGGAUAAGUCAUGAUAGGAUUAGGUUACUAACCCCCCCCCCAGUCCUGUUCUCUACCAUCAGAGGGAUAAGUCAUGAUAGGAUUAGGUUACUAACCCCCCCCCCCCAGUCCUGUUCUCUACCAUCAGAGGGAUAAGUCAUGAUAGGAUUAGGUUACUAACCCCCCCCAGUCCUGUUCUCUACCAUCAGAGGGAUAAGUCAUGAUAGGAUUAGGUUACUAACCCCCCCAGUCCUGUUCUCUACCAUCAGAGGGAUAAGUCAUGAUAGGAUUAGGUUACUAACCCCCCCCCAGUCCUGUUCUCUACCAUCAGAGGGAUAAGUCAUGAUAGGAUUAGGUUACUAACCCCCCCCCCAGUCCUGUUCUCUACCAUCAGAGGGAUAAGUCAUGAUAGGAUUAGGUUACUAACCCCCCAGUCCUGUUCUCUACCAUCAGAGGGAUAAGUCAUGAUAGGAUUAGGUUACUAACCCCCCCCCAGUCCUGUUCUCUACCAUCAGAGGGAUAAGUCAUGAUAGGAUUAGGUUACUAACCCCCCCCAGUCCUGUUCUCUACCAUCAGAGGGAUAAGUCAUGAUAGGAUUAGGUUACUAACCCCCCCAGUCCUGUUCUCUACCAUCAGAGGGAUAAGUCAUGAUAGGAUUAGGUUACUAACCCCCCCCAGUCCUGUUCUCUACCAUCAGAGCGAUAAGUCUGAAUCAUUGGUUUGGUGGUAGUGUUUUCCGUGCUUCUGUGAGAGAGCACAGCAGUUCGGCUGAAAUGUAAUUCAGACAUUUCCCUUUAGGCACACAGAUCUAGGAUCAGCGUACAGUCUUCUGCUUUUAACCUGAACACUGUACAGAGGUCAACUCCAAACUGACCUCUGUGUCAAGGUGGCCCACUUCACCUGUCGUCCUCGGACCAGUCCAUCUACCGACCCUUUCUAACGGCAGGAAUCUAAAGAGCUAAUCGAUAGAGGGGGGGGGGUGUUCAUGAACAAAAUGUAAUCGAUAAUACAAAGAAAAACGGAUCAAUAAGUUGUGAGUGAUUCUGUUUAAUGACUGGAGCAAAGAUCACAUUCAAACGAUGUUGUCCUCCUCUCUCCAUCCCUCUCUCUCUCUCUCUCUCUCUCUCUCUCUCUCUCUCUCUCUCUCUCUCUCUCUCUCCUCCCGCCUCUCUUCUCCCUCUCUCUCUCUCUCUCUCUCUCCUCCCCUCCCUCUCUCUCUCUCUCUCUCUCUCUCUCUCUCUCUCUUCUCCCUGUCUCUCUCUCAGCCCCACAGUGUAAAUAUGCUCCCUGCUUAGUAAAGUCCAGCUCUAGUGUUUCAGUAUGUUUGUAUGCUCUGUAAAUGCUAUCAGCUUUUAAACCUGUAAUUAAUGCUAAAUUACCAACAAAGAAAUGUAUUAAACAUCUGCAAUAAAUUAAUCUCCUGACUUAAA